CCUCAAGUAUAAUAAGUCAUGUAUUCUGACAUGCUGAGCGCUCAGGAAGACCGUGACCGCCCUCCACCUACAACCAACGGGGACGCGCCACGCGGCCGUGACAUGGACAUUGAUCGUGAGCGCGAUCGUGACCGCCUUCGCGACGACGACCGUGAUCGCCGCCGCUCCCCUGAACCUCGUCGUUCUGCUCCCGCCCCGAAGGGAAGGAACACGACAGCACCUAAGGCUACGAACGUGCUUGGUGUUUUUGGUCUCUCUGUUCGCACCGUGGAGAGGGAUCUGGAGGAGCUUUUCAACCAAUAUGGGACGGUUGAACACGUUACCAUCGUCUAUGACCAGCGCUCUGACCGUUCCCGCGGCUUUGGGUUUAUCCAAAUGGCUACAGUCGAAGACGCGACGAAAUGCAUCUCUGAGCUGAACGGAAGGGAUGUGAACGGCCGGAACAUCCGUGUCGAUUACUCCGUAACCGAGCGUGCGCAUGACCCCACGCCAGGCCGCUACAUGGGUGCACCCGACCGUGAUCGCAGGAGCGGGUACGACAGGAGCUAUGGCAAAGGCGACUAUAGGAGCGACCGUGACCGCGACUAUCGCCCUCGGGAUUUUGACCGCCCUGACCGUGACCGCGAUUUCCGUGAUAGAGACCGCGACCGCGACUACAGGGACCGCGACAGAGACUACAACCGUGACAGGGACCAUAACCGUGACAGAGAUUAUCGUUCCCGCGAAGGCGAAAGGGAUUUCGAAAGGGACAGGGAGCGCAACUACGACCGCGAUCGCGAGUAUCGUCGGGCUGACCGUGAAUACGACGAUCGCGACCGGGUGACAGCAGAUCGUGGUGAAGAGCGCGCUCCGGUCAAGAAAGAAGACCCCUAUGGACGUGAAGACAGGAGGAGAGAUGAUCGGGACCGGAGCCGGAGCCCCAAGCGGUACUGAACGCGCCUUUUCACUCUAUUUCUAUGGCCACCUUUCUUCCAAAGUGGUGCUUUUCGGUAUGUGGAUCAAGAUGGCGUCGAUGAUCUUGGGAAGGUCUGGCAAGGUUGGUCGAUCAAUGUACACGCAGAGCCUGUCGUAUUCCCAAGUUCCUCAAGUCUGCGGAUGCACACCCAGAAGAGAACCUGAACCUGUUUCCAUCUAUGUCAACCGCUUCUCAAGUACGCUAGUUUUGAAGAAUCCUAUUCAAGAGAUACAGACGUGAAGACGGGAGAUAGUGAAGUCAUGAAAACCCGUGUUGUGCAGAAACGAGAAUCCGCCGAACCAGGCCGUAAGUCGUCUAAUAGGUAGUAUGCUAACCUGUGCUUCAGAUUGUGUGUACGAAGCUCAGCGUCCAUGCAAUUAUGGAGGAAUGUCCGAACAGUCGUCGCAUCGUAGGCAAGCCCAAGGUUGCUGCAGCACCGGGAAAUAUUCGUCCUCUCUACUGUUUAGACCGAAGAUCAGUAACAGGUCCUGGUCGGAAAGUCGAUUUGCGGGACGCUAGAUGAAGCUCAUGAAGAUGUGGAAAGACCGUCUUCGUCCACACAUUAUUGGUCACGACCCGCCGUUGCAGAAGCUCGGAGAGGUCUGUCCUGUGGCCCGUCGACAGGACGGGACCCGCGCGGGGUCAUGUGUUCCUGCAAAUUCUCUCGGCGGCAAACGAUAAGCUCUUGCUCUGAAUCCGGGAUGUGGCGACCGAGCUUGUUGUAUUUUUGUUUACUUGCCCAUGACCG